GCUCUCUUUCGCCAUGAGCUGUCUGGAUGUUAUGUACCAAGUCUAUGGUCCUCCCCAGCCUUACUUCGCAGCAGCCUACAGCCCUUACCACCAGAAACUAGCCUUUUACUCGAAGAUGCAGGAAGCCGCCGAGAGCGCCAGCAGCGCCAGCACCAGCAGCUCUUUCUCCAGCCACGCCGCCGCCGCCGCCGCCGCCAGCAUCAAGGAGGAAGAGUGCAGCCCGGAGAAAGAGCGCCCCCCCGAGGCCGAGUACCUCAACGCCCGCUGCGUCCUCUUCACCUACUUCCAAGGGGACAUCAGCGCCGUGGUGGACGAGCACUUCAGCCGGGCCCUCAGCCAGCCCAGCAGCUACUCGCCCGGCGGCAGCGCCAGCGCCAAGGCGGCGGCCAGGAGCUCCAGCUCUUGGAGGGAUGGAUCAUUCCCUAUGAGUCAACGUAGCUUCCCACCCUCCUUCUGGAACAGCACCUACCAGCCUUCCUCGGUGCCUGCUUCCCUGGGAAGCCCACUGGCAGCCACAGGCCACACUGAACUGCCCUUUGCCACAGCGGACCCUUAUUCACCAGGUUCAUUGCACAGCCAUCUCCACCAGGGUGGUCCAGAGCCCUGGCACCCUGCCCACCACCACCAUCACCACCACCACCACCACCCUUACAUCGGCUCACAGAGCUCAUCCUAUCCCCGCCCCACCACUGUGCACGAGGUCUACAGUCCACACUUCGACCCACGUUAUGGCUCACUGUUGGUGCCUGCGGCUUCUGUGCGCCCCCAUCGCCUCACGCCUGCUUCCGUGCCCACGCCUGUCAGCCCCCAGUGUGAGCUAGGUAAGAGUGAGCCUGCCACUUCAGCGUGGACAACACCAGCACCUUUCCCUAGCCCAGCAGGGGAGAUGGCACCAAGCCUAGGCCUCAAUGUGGACGCAGCUCGCCGUUAUUCCUUCUGUGGUGGAUCCCUCCUGAGCUGAGCUGCUGAUUCUAAAGCUCCUCCUACAAAGUCCUGUCUUUCCACCCCUGCAUCAUUCAGCAUCUCAUGUCACAUUUCAAGGACAAGAACAUGGGAAAAGGCCAUGGGGGCUAAAAAGCUGCUUCAACUUGGCAUUUCAGCAGAAGAACCUUACUGGGGGGGUGAGGAGUAGGACACCUUCCUUUUCUCUUCACUGUGAAAAGCCAAGCACCAUGGCUACACAUCCAGAAUUGUGGCCAAGCCACUUGAAGGAGUCGUGAAACUGACGUGGAUGUCAAAUUGCUGAUUGUGGGAAACAAAAGGAGUUUAUUACUGGUGAUGACAGUGUGAACUCUUCUUUUUUAUUGACUUUUAUGAAAUUAAAAAACCUAUUUCUUGAAAGCAGCAUGGGAAGAUAUGCACAUACUAGGAAUGAUAUCUUUGUCCUUUACACUGUAGAAACAAAAGGAAGAAUUCUAAACUCUGAAGCUCUGAAGGACACUAACACCAACAACAAAAGGACAGCUCUUUCAGGCCACAGGAAUGAGUGGCAAGCGACUAUCAUGGGCCACCUGCCUCUGGGCUUGCACAAAUGCAGCUGUUUUAGAGACAGCUGUUCAGACUCCAGAAACUUGACAACCAAGGAGGCACUUCUCAGAGUUUGGCACAGUAAUUGUAUUUGAUAAUACAUGCAUACAUAUGUGUACAUAUAUAUAUGUGUAUAUAUAUAUAUAUAUAUAUAAGGUUUUUAUACAAGGAAUGCUUUAUGAUGAUGAAGAGACCCUUCCAAAAGAAAAAAAAACCUUCAUGAGGAGAAAACAGAAAGAAAAGUCAUUAAGUAGACAUGGAAUCUCAUUUCACUUGAGCACUCUUUCUAUGUAUUUAUGUUGCUAUCUUUCUGAUAUCAUUGAUCAAUGGUUUGGGUGUCUCUCUCUUUUUGAAAAGGGGGGAAUUUAAGAGGUGUUUCUUUGUAGGAAAACUACAUUAAAGAUGUCUCCUUUCACCCUC